AUGGAACAAAACACAAAAUUGUUUCAUCUGGAAGAGAACACUCUUAGCUCAGUUGUCCAAGCAUACAAUAGAACUGAACAAUCUUUGGCAGAAGAUGUCAAAAAUUUUAAAAAGUGGAUGCAAUUGCAGCACAACCUUCCCGAAAUUUUGGAAGAAGCAAAAGUUAAAAUUGACAUGUACUACACUUUCCGCAGUCAAGUACUUGAAAUAGUCGGAAAUAUGAACCCUAACUGUUCGAACAUAAAAGAAAUGGCAAAUCUUAUGCACCACGUACCGCUACCAAAACUGACGAAAGAUAUGUACAGAGUGUUCGUCAGUAAGUGUCGAACUAAAGACAAAGUGGGGCAAAUUGAACCCUACGACGUACUUAAAAUGGCUGCUAACUUGCAAGAAAUCAGACUAAAAGAGGACAUCAUGUUUCGAGAUAUUUUCAUUUUUGACAUAGAAGGGACGUGUAUGAGUUUUUUGUCAAAACUGACGCCAAAUUUUGCUGGAACGGCUAUAACUUUGUACCAAAAAAUAUAUUCUCUUCUUGUACAGGGUGUUUACAUUAUUAACACUGUCCCUUACGUCAGCACGUUACUAGCCAUCGCCAAGACCUUCUUGAAACCUAAAAUUAUCAAAAGGAUUCAUGUGUGUAAAGACACCAGCAUUUUAAAGGAGCACUUUUCUUCAGAGAUUUUGCCAAAGGAUUACGGUGGUACGGAGAAAUCAGUCGAGGAAUUGCACGAAUUAUGCCAACUUAAGUUUCAAGAUUAUCGAGACCGUUUCAAUCUCCUGGAUGAAUUACGAGUGAAUGAAAAUCUGAGGCCAACUCGACUAGCAAACGAAAACGACGAACUUUUAGGAUAUCAUGGAAAAUUUAAAAAGUUAGAUAUUGAUUAA